GGGGCCGGGCGGGACAUGGGCGCUUGGUCACGCCGCGAGCGGCCAGUGGGGAGAGCUCCGUGAGCGCCUCUUGGCUCCGGGCUUCGCUCCUCUCCACUGUCGCGCCGGAGUUCAGGACCCUUCCGGGGCUUCGCAUUGUUGGAGCUGCCGCCGCAGACUCGGGCUGGCGACUGCAGGACUGUAGGAACGUGGAAAGCGGAGGCAAACUUGGGAAGAAGAAGCCGAUGGAGACGGACCUGGAGCAGCCCGUGGUGUGUGUAGCGGCACAGCCCCACUGUCAGGAGAUGCAGUGCUCUCCUUCGGAGGUCUUUGCCCCGCCACUGAGGAUCCCGGAGAAGAUCCCGCCCGUCAAGCCUUGUUUUAAGAAAAAACAGCAAGCCCAGAAGAGGCUGGACACAGAGGCGCUGAGGGCUUUGCGGCCCAUCUUCACCAGUUUGCUAGGGGCAGGUACCCUAGAUGGGAUCUUUGUACCACGGGGGCAGAACGGCGGCCACGGCAACUUGUGUGAACCUGUGGCCCAGAAGCCUGUGGGGGUCGCUGCCCCGUGCCCACAACCAGACAACAGCGUAGCCGUCUUGCUGCCGGGAGCGCCGGAUGUUCAGGGACAGAUAGCCGAUGGGCCUCCUGAACAGGAUGGCCAGACUGGGGAGCAGGUCUUCCCAUCUGUCACUUCUCCCGCUGCUGCUGAGGCGUUCCACGCUGUCCCUGGCGAUGCUGCUGCCUUUCGUCCCUGCCCUCAGAAGGCGCUUGAAGGUUACCCUCCUGGAGGUGUCCAGGACCACAACCUCCCCCUGGCCCUGUGUGACUCGAAGCCUGCUGAGAAGUUCGGAGCUGGGCUCUUCCAGGACAAAAGCGAGGAGGCUUCUCUUGACCUUGUGUUUGAAAUCUUGAACCAGCUCCAAUAUCACACCCACCAGAAGGACGGGGUCGACAUCUGUGUGGAUUUUCUACAAGGGGUUUGUGUUUUGGGCAGCGACUGCCCCCGGCAUCACACAGUCCUGCCCUACCACUGGCAGAUCAGGAGGACUGCUAGCCAAGCGUGGCAGAGCGUGACCAAUGACUCGCAGGAACAUCUGGAAAGACUCUACUGCAGUCCGGACAACGACAGGGUCAAAGUCCGAUAUCGAGGUCAUGAGUUUUUAGUAGACUUGAAUAGUAUGAAGCUCUGUGAUACAACGGAAUUUGACCAGUUGAGGAGACUAUCUACACCUUUGUGUACCAAUGCCAACUCCAACUCCAACUAUUAUACAGUCUGGAAAUACUUCUGCAGGGAUCAUUUUGGCUGGAGAGAAUAUUCAGAGCCUGUCGUAAGAUUGAUAGAAGAAGCCAACUUCCGAGGUCUGCCAGAGGUUCGAUUUGUUACGUGGCACAACCGUUACAUUCUGAACAUUAAAGAUGGCUUUCAGCAAAAUGCGUGUAUUCGGAGAGAAAUCAAGAAGAGACCUCUCUUUCGCUCCUGCGUCAUCCUCAUGCCGUACUUGCAGACCCUCGGUGGAAACCCUUCCAUCCCUCCACCAUCCACAGAGGCCAUCUCCUCGCAAGUCUUAUCUCCAGCUGCUCUUACCUCUCCAAACUUCUAUCCCGAAACGUGGAUUAACAUGGAUCCAGUUCAAGACUUCAUUCAAGUGCCUGUCUCGAAGGAGGACAAAAGCUACAGAACCAUUUAUAAUCUCUUUCAUAAGACUGUGCCGGAGACCAAAUAUAGAAUUUUGAAAAUACUGCGAGUUCAAAACCAGUUUUUGUGGGAGAAAUACAAGAGAAAAAAAGAAUACAUGUCUAAAAAAAUGACAGGACUUGACAGGAUAAUGAAUGAGAGACAUUUAUUCCAUGGGACUUCCCAGGACGUCGUUGAUGGGAUUUGCAAACACAAUUUCGACCCGCGGGUGUGUGGGAAACAUGCCACCAUGUUCGGGCAAGGCAGUUACUUCGCCCGGAAGGCCAGCUACUCACAUAACUUCUCCAAGCGCUCGCCCAAAGGGAUCCAUUACAUGUUUCUGGCUAAAGUACUGACUGGGAAAUACACAGUGGGCAACCAUACCAUGAGGAGACCCCCGCCCGUAAACCCAGGCAGCAUCACGAGCGACCUGUAUGACUCUUGUGUGGACAAUUACUUUGAGCCUCAGAUCUUUGUCAUUUUUAAUGACGACCAGAGCUACCCCUAUUUUGUGAUCCAGUAUGAAGAAGUUAGUAACUCUGUUGUCAUCUGACAGUAUUUCACGUGGGUAAAUUAUUCGUCGUGACAAACUGAAGCCUGGUAUUUGUAGGACAGACUGUGUUGCAGGAAGAUUGGGGGGGGGGGUUUGUAAAACUUUUUAAUAAAAGUGUUUGGGAGCAGAUUUUA